GUAACAUGUGGUAACGUGUGCUGAAUACCCACGUGAGGACCUUACCUGGUUUUCUUUUUGCUGUCCUGAGCUUCUGUAGAGACAACAGGAUGGUUGAGCCCACAGCUGCGGUGGACGUUUCUUCAGCUGUGGAGGCUAACUUGUACAACAGUGUCCAGGCUAUGGUGAGGGGGAUAAACAGCCAGAAUGCUCCUCACAAAGGGAUGCUGCGAUGGGCUCUUCAUAAGAGAAUGGAGACCUAUCCUGAUCAAGGGGUGUCAUUCAUCAGCAUGCUGGUGAAAGAGCUGCAGAAGGUUGAUGAAACAAAGAGUGACAUGCAUGUCAUCCCACAGCUGCACACUCUCUCCUCUGUUGUUGUUCAGCCAGGUGCUGUUCCUGACGGUCUUUACCAGUCAGUGUAUGAUGGCUUGAUGAAAUUACUGGUAUUACCUCUGCCCUACUCUGCUGUUGCCAUAAGUAACCUGAGGAGCAUCAGGAUGGAAAUGAGCACACCAGGUGCAUCAUAUCACAGGAGGGUCACUGCUGAGCAGGACUUGAGGAGCAAACAUUUCUCCUCACAGGAAAAGGUGUUUGUGCUCGCAGACCCAGCUGUGUUUUCUGGUCCACUGGAGGCAGCAGUGAGAGCAGAGUUAGGGGUGACCGGCCCGUCCACAGACACACUGACCCAGAUGAAGACAGUGGUGCUGCACACCCUGCAGAUGGUGCUUGGCAAGGCUUGUGAAAGCACCAUGCUGGUUCAGGCUCUGGAAACUCUGAAGGAACAUUUGGUACAGAGAUAUUUCCAGGAAGUUUCUCUUGCUGUGGAGCAGAGUGUCGAGCACGGUGCACUCGGUCACACAAACUACCUGAACAGACUUCAGCACAUCUACAGAGACAUCAUGACGACCUCUAAAGGAGGAGCAGCCCAGGUGGAUCGUGGCUCUGUGUACCGGACUGCAGUCCCCCCUCCGCAGAUAAACUUCCUCAUGUGGAACAAUGACGAGGAUCUAUGGGAUCUGCUAACAAACUUUGCCCUGGCUUCGUGUCCUGACCCUGGUGUGGAAGAACAAGAGAAAAGAGAUUCGGUGCAGUCUGUGGACAGCGGGAUAGGGUUAGUGAGAGAUCCAAGGGAAUUUGACAAUGACAAAGAGCAGCCUCCAGACAGAAAUCCUCAGACAACUUUGGCCCAGAGCCAUGCUGUUCACAGCCUGAAGCUGGGAGAUAAACCAACCCUAAUGAGGGAGAGGACAGAGGCUUCUUCCAGCAGCUCUCCUCGCCUUCAACAGGAACAGAGUCACACAGCUCGGGUCGUGGUAAUGGGGGACGACCGGGUGCUGGGAAGGCUAGCUAAGGCUUAUUACCGCAUUCGCAAAGAGUCAAGACAUCUUAUUUUGGACAAGCAACUGAACCUGCAGUUCUACUACAUCCCAGUCACAGACAGUGAGCCUGUCCUCCAUUCACCUGGCGGCCCGUGUCAGGAUGAAGAUAAACUGACUCUGGGCUCAUUGUUGGGAAGAGUGGAUCCGUGGUACCACUGCAACAUAAACAGUCUGGGAGCUGUGAUCCCAAAGCUUGCUAAAAUGCACUCUAAUCACAAUAAGCCAUCAGAGCAAAGCCUCUUCCUGCUGGACACCCUGUCCUACUACCUCCGCUGUGGGAUGCAGCCGGUAAACCUGCCAAUCUACUCUGUCAAGAUCACCUGUUCCAGCUCUGAUGUGAGAUCAACGGUGGAGGAAGUGUUUGUAUCUCAUCUGCAAGCUGACUUCCCCGAGUUCAGACACCUAAAAGAAAAGCAAUCAAGGGGAUCUUCUUUGAGCCGAAAGAAGAGAUCGACAAAUGUCUUCGGGGCAGUUAUCUCUGCCAGUUACAAGAAGAUAUCUUUAAGCAAGCGGGAAGUUGUAACAGGAAUGGCAGCCACCACAUGUGGAGUGACUGUAAAAAUAGAAUCACCCACUGCAACUGCAGGUCAGGAUUACCUUGUUGUCAGUUUUGACAGCACGAAUCCACUAGACUGCACAGAGAUCCACGCUCAAAACAUCAGCAUGAAGACGCUGGAGCAGCGAACGUUCACCUUGUGUCUAGACAAGGACUCUCGCAGGACAUACAAUGAUGUUCAAAGAAUUGAAAUUUCUCCCUGCCUGGACCCAGACCACAGCUUCCAGCACCGUGGCAACUUCAGGUUCAGCUUUGAGGAUGAGCAAGAGCUGGCACUGAGCCGAUGUUUGAACAAGGUCCUGUCACUGCCGAUCAACACCUUCAGCGGCGUCAUGCUUUGAUGGGGGGGAUGUGAAGUGCUGUUUGUCUGAUGUGUACAUACUGUAGAUGUUACAUGAUAUGAUGCUGUUAAUCAUGCUCUGUCAACACUGAAUCCUGUUACCCUGCAUUCAAGUCAUUACUGUUUCUUGGCUAUUUCAUUAUGACACAAUGGCUUCUCUGUCUUUGCAUGAAGCGUUUAUCACUUAGGUCUCUCUGUGUAUUACUCAGGACUUUCAUAAGCUGUUAUAAUUACAUUGCAGCUUCAUUAUGGAGGCAGAAGAGCACCAUGUUUAUUGGAGCCACUGUACUGUGCUGAAUAGCAAGGCUAUACACUAAUGGACUCCAGUGCAUUACUAUGAGUGCAAUAUGAUGACAAGGAUGUUUACAGUGAUAUAUGUUUGAACAAAGUCUAAGUGUUUGCUGAGGGAAUGCACAUGCACCAAUGUGUUCAU